UUACGUAAAGACACAACAUUGCCAUAAAUUGUAUUUCAUCCUGGUUUUGUAAAUACUUAAAAAAAAUAUAUAAACGUGAAGUUGGGUGACGGGGUAAGGUGAGUAUUGUUGGAGCUGACGCUACGUCAUUGGAAUCCAGUGGAAUCUCUGACCAGAAUCAGACAAUAACCAUAGUCAUUCUAACUCUUGUUGAAGUGACGUUUGCAGAAAUACAAGUAUGACGGAACCUAAUAAUGCCAGGCGUAAAUCUGUAACUAAGCCUAAAUGGCAUAAAAGAAUGAAGAAGUUCCUUUAUAACCCGGACAAGAACACGAUUAUGGGGCGGACUUGCCAUAAUUGGGGCGAGAUUUUAUUAUUUUAUAUCUGCUUCUACUCAGUGUUGUUCUCGCUUAGUGCAUUUAUGUACUAUGUAUUUGCCUACCAUGUUAUUCCAACGUCAGAACCCAGGCUACAGGGUUCUCAUAGCGUGCUUAAUGGAACACCAGGUUUAGUUGUUAUGCCUGUAGAUACUGACGGUCUUAUAUACUAUAAAGUAAAAGACAUGCAUAAUGCUGCCCCAUAUAUAUCAAUGAUUGACAGGGAACUUAAAGAGAAACAUGGCAUAGAAUGUCAUGAUGAUGGGACUUGUAAUAUACAAGCAGAUAAAGCUGAUUAUGUUAAACAUCUAAAAAGAUCAGCUCUUUUCCCUAACAAUUCAUUAUGUAAUAAGAAAACUAAUUUUGGUUUUUCCAUUGGCAAACCAUGCUUUAUUGUUAGAGUCAAUAAGGUGUACAAUUGGAAACCCGAGCCAUACACAAGCUUGUCAGAUAUCCCUUCAGAAUUUCCAAAAUACCGUUAUCAUAAAAAUUCUAUAGGGAUUUAUUGUUAUGGACUUGACAGUCCUGAUAAGGAUAACCUUGGUAGAAUAGUUUACAUGCCAAUAUCAGGAAUACCUUUUGAAUUUUUUCCAUAUUUAAAUCAAAAACACUAUGUUUCUGCAUUCACAUGGAUUCAGCUCAUAGGUAUAAAACCUAACAUUGUAGUGACUAUCAGAUGUAAAUAUUAUGUAAAAAACAACCAUAUUUAUCACAGGAAACGUAUUAAUUUUGUUGAUUUUUACGUUCUUAUAGAUUAAAAUCUGCACCUUUUAUCUAUCUGUUGGAAAUGGUCACAUGAUAAGGAACUAAGCAACUGUACAUCAACAUUGCUUGGGAGUUGUUCAGUUAAGGUCACUUACUUGCUUUCUUUCUGAGCAUUUUUAUACAUAUAUUUCUGUUUUCAUACAAACUUAGCUUUCUUUGGCACUAGAGACUUUAAGCAAAGCUGUUUGUUCAAUAUGAAUUUUAAAGUCUUGUUCUAUUUCUCUGUAUUGUUGAAGGCUUUUACUACUGCUCCAGUUUUAAUAUUUUUGACACUCAUCACUUUCCUUUAUCAUAUACUGGCUGCAGUUGUCCAUUGUUUUCUUUUUUCUUUUCUCUUUUUUUUCUUCUUUUUUUUGCUAAUAUCGAAUUCUCUGCUAAUUUGAUAAUUAUUUCUUUCCAAGGAAAUUAAA